UGUCAUCCCCAAGGACACAGUCUGGUCACUGACAACCACAUACUGAUAAUGUCACAAGCGGUGCCCAGAUGCUAAAGUUACUCCAUGCAGCCCAGACCCUGGGCAUCCUCAGUUGCGCGCCCACGCACCUAGUCGUUCCAGACCUCCAACCCUCCGGGACGCGGUACCCACAGUCGGGCGGUGUCCCUGCUUUCUUGGUCCCCAGCGGAUGAUGGCCGAGAGGCGGCUCGGGUUUCCCAGCCGGUGGGGUUAGGCCAACGUACGCCGGAAGUGGCGGCUGGGGCGGGAGCGCCGAGGUGUCGGCGGGCGGGGCAGCAGCCAGGAGCUGGGGGUCGGUGCGUUGGUCAUGUUUCCCUUCGGGCCCGGUAGCCCCGGAGGGGACAGGGCGGCCGGAGCCGGGGCUGAGGAGCCAGCACCCCACGCGAGACAGGCUGCAGCUGCCGGGCCGCUCCCUUCUCCGCCCCCGUCGCUACAGCCGGGGGCUGACGCAGCCCCUCCCCAGUCGCCCUGCGGGAGCCCUCGCCACCCCUGCGCCCCUUCGCAGCCCCAGGCUGGGCGCGCGGGGGAGCUCCGGCCGCCCGGAGCUCUAAAGCCCUCAGCCGCUUCCGCCCAGGAAGAGCAGUCACCGCCCUCCCCGCCGCGCCGGCAACCUGGGCCUGACUGCAGGGCCGGGAGCCGGGGCCGGCACUGCCUCAGCGCCCGCCUGGGCGGCCCUGGCGCCCAGCUGUUCGGGUGGCUGAGAGAGCGCAGCCUGGGCCGCGGGCUGUUCGUGGAUCCGGCACGAGACAAUUUCCGCACCAUGACUAACCUCUAUGGUUCCAUCCAUCCCGCGGACUCGGUGUACCUCAGCACCCGCACCCAUGGGGCCGUCUUCAACCUCGAGUACUCGCCCGACGGGCUCCGUCCGGCCCUUGGAGGUAGGCGAGCCCGGGACUGGUUUGCUCCCCUUCAGGACCGGCGCUCUGUGAAGGAGAAGUGCCAAAAGCCCCCCGACAGGCUUGUGUUUUUCCCACCUAAGCUUGGUCAAGGGUACGGAGCCUGCAGACUCCCUGUUCCCUGUGCUGACUUGCCCUGAGGGGACAAGUGCGCGGUCCGUCGUUCCUUUGCUCCAGUAAGAUACUAAGACACUGCAGAGAGUCAUAUAUGAGUUAAAUCAGCUUACUGGAUACCGUAACCACUGUCACAAGGACUUCUCAGUACAAAAAGAAGAGGUGAUACAGAAGGUAAGAAUUAAAAUUGUGAAUUUGAUAGAGACCAGACUAGAAUUUGGCACUUAAAAAAAAAAAAAAGAAAGGAUACAUGGACUAGAAGGUAAUUUCUAAAGAAUUCCAAAAAUGUUUUAAGCAAUAGCAACACUGUCAAUAUAAAUCUGUCAACUCCUAAAAUGACAUUUUGAAAAAGGAAAUAUGAUAUUAAUAGAUUAGAUAAUAUGGGACUUUCUUAGGCUAUACUCUAUGAGAACACAUUAGGCACGGCUGUAGAGAAAAUUAGUGUAUUGGAAAAUAGAAGUGAAGAAGUUAUCCAAAAUGCGGACAAGAGAGACAGAGACUGAAAAUAUGAAGGAGGCUUAGUGACAUGAAGCGUAGAGAGAAAAUGCAUAUCAUGUACUUGGUCAGUUCCUAAAGAAAAUGAGAUAGAUAAUAGGGUAAAACAAACUUGAAGCAAUAAUAGCUGAGAGAUUUCCAGAAUUGAAGAAAGGUACCAAACCAUGAUUUAAGAAGCCCAGCACACCCCAAGCAGGAAUUCUCCCUAGCCAUGUAGUGAAACUGCAGGACAACAAAUAUAAAAUCAUAAAAGCUAGAGAAAAAAACCUUCAAAGGAGUAACUAUGUGAGUGAAAGCCAAUUAGUCAUCAAUAAUCAUGUAAAUUAGAGGACAGUCGUGAUUAUUUUUUACUAUGCUGGAAAAAACUGCCAAUCUAGAUGUCUGUACCUAGCAAAGAUAGGUUCUUUGUUCUUGUCAAGAAGAAAGAUGAAAUAAAUACAUAUGCACCCAAUCAGAACUGUAAGGUCAGAGAUAUUAGAAGGAAUGAAGAACAAAGGAUGUGGAAAAUUUGUAUGUAAAAUUAAAUCUGAUUUUCUCUUUUGGGAUUAACAAAGAUGUAGCUAAAAUAGUAGACAACAAUAGCAUAAAUUAUGAAAGGAUGCUCUAAAUUCCUUUUUUCUUUUUUUUGAGGGAGAAUUGUGAUAUAUUAACUUUAGGCUUUAAUGUGUGCAUACCACCAAAAGACAAGUAAAUAUAUUAUUUCCAGACUAGUAGAAGAAACAAUUUUGGAAUGAGAAGAAAAAAUUCCAAAAGAAGUCAAGAAAGGGAAAGGAGAAAAAAGAAAAGGUAUAACAAAAAGCACAAAGAAUGGCUGAAAAUAAAUCCCAAUAUUACUAAUUAUAAUAUAGAAGUACUAGUACUUCUUGUACAUAGGAGAGAGAGGCAUAUAUCAAACACAUUCUAGAAGGAUAGAGAAAGACAUAUCAAACAUUCUAAACAAAAGAAAGCUGGUGAGCUAUAUUAAUAUACAAAAUAGGCUUUAAGGCAAAAAAAAAAAAAUUACUAGAGUUAGAAGGUUACUUCAUAAUGAUAAUAGCUCAAUUCACCUGGAAGAUAAAACAGUUCUGAAAUUGAGGGUUUUUUAUUUAUAUACAUCAAAAAUUGAUAACUUCAAGGAGAAAAGAGAAAAAUAUAUCAUCAUAGGGGAUGAUCUUAAUACACAUUAUAGCAUACCUCAGUUAAGCAGGCAGACACAAACAUAAGGGUACACAAGAUAGAAACAGCACCACUUAAAAUCUUGCUCUAAAGGGCAUGUAUAGAAUACUGCAUUCAGGCCUGAUAUUCAGCUAGUACACAUUGGUUCACCUGUACCAGUUGUUAAAAUAUUAAUAUAUAUCCAUGGUGGUUGAGUAGUUAGUUACUGCCCCAAGCUCACUGAGUGCCUUCCUAGUGCUUAAGCACCUUCCAUAGGAUCUCUCAGUAACCCAUUAUAUAGCAACUGAAGAUUUAAGAACUGGCACAGCAACCUGCCAAGAAACAUCUUACUAGAGACCUUUAGCAUCCACUCUAAGCUCAUCUCCCCAUGCCAGGUAUCCUCCCCGACACACAAAAAAUCCAUAGGCAAAUGCUGAGUGACCAUUUGGCUCCCCUUAGUAUGGGGCUGCCUGCCUUUCUCACACACUCUCCCAGUCAUUCUCACAUGGUCAUUUGUGGGAACUGCAGCCUCUGGGAAGAUCCAGAGAGAUGAAAAGAGCAGUCUGAUGAGAGUAAUGGCACUACUGCAGGCACCAUCCAAACAUUAAUUCUCUUGGCAAAGUGUGCAUACCCAUUGCAGGAUACAAUCCAUGGCAGGUGAAUGAGGUCUAUGAGGAUGGUUUAUGGAUGAAUGACUCCUGGGAUGUACUUUCCUAAUUUUAUCAUUCUUACUGAAUUUCACAUUUAUUUAGUGGGAUAAGUUUGCCAAAAGCCACUGAAUACAGGCCCACCAUGGACAUUAAUAACACUCUAUUAAUGAACUUGACUGCCAACAUUAGUAGUCUCUUUACCAGAAACAUUUAGUUGAGAGAACCGAGAAGCUGAAAGGUCAUGAAACACAAAAGAUUUGUAUUCUGGUUUAUGCUGUUAACUGCUGUAUUACAUUAUGUCUCAUUUGGGCUGAGGGAUUAGGUUUGAUAUAAUUAAAUAUGAUGUCUCAAUAAAUUAUUUUGUGACUUAGUUAUUAAUGUAAUUGAAUAUAAAAAUUAACAGCAAGCAUUAUAAGGGCCAAAAAAUUUUUAAUAUACUUACUGUUAACUGCAGCAAAAGCUGAAAAGAGAAUUCACCUCCCAUGAACAAUUCUGUUGCUAUUAAGAGUGACUUUUUUUUUUACUUAUCAAGUCUACAGGUUACUUGAUGACUACCUAUUUAUGAGGAAUUUUUAAAAAUUGAAGUAUAGUUGAUUUACAAUAUUGUGUUAGUUUCAGGUGUACAGAAAAGUGAUUCAGUUAUAUUUUUUUCAGAUUUUUUUCCAUUAUAGGUUGUUAAAAUAUAUUAAAUAUAAUUCCCUGUGCUAUAUAGUAAAUUCUUGUUGCUUAUCUGUUUUUCGUUAUCUGUCAAUCCCAUACUCCUUAUUUAUCCUUCCCUCCUUCCCUUUCCCCUUUGGUAACCAUAAGUGUGUUUUAUAUGAAUGACUACCUGUUUAACAUGGAAAUUCUUGGAGGGGCUUUAUGCAAUUUCCUGUGGCAGUUCAUGGUUCAGACAAAAGCAUCUGUGUCAAAAAAACGAUUAUGGCUACAAUUUCCAAAAAUUAAUAAAUGAUUGGGAAUUACUAGAAUAAUCUGAUGAACAAUUUGAGUUAGAACUAAUACCACUUGGCAAGCAUUUUUAUAACCUAUAGGUUAGUUUAAUUUUUUAAUGUUUUAAAAUUUUUAUUCAUGUUAAUUUAUAUUACUAUUGAAUAUUUAAUAUUUUUUGAAUAUCACAUUUGACUAUAUGUAUGUAACAGCUGCCUCAUGAUUUUUUUUUUUGCAAACAUACAAGGAUGAUUUAAAAAUUGCUCUCCUGUAAGGCCACAUAUUUCAAAAGAUUAUCAUUAAGUAGUUUCUCAAUAUAAUGUGAUUGCUAGAAAUCAGUAACUAAAAGAAAACUAGAAAAACCUCAUGUAUUUUCAAGUUAAGAAACAUUUAUAAAUAAUUCAUAAGUCAAAGUAGAAAUGAUAAUGGAAAUUAGAAAUAUUUAGAACUAAAUGAUAAUGAAAGUACCACCUUGCAAAAGUUGUGGGAUAUAAGUAAAUCCUCAGUAGGAAAAUUAUAAUCUUUAAUAAACUAGAAAGGAAGACAAGGAAAAUUAGUUAGCUAAGUGUCCAUCUCAAGAAACAGUAAAAAUAGUGAAGUUGUAGUAAAGUAAAUCUGACGAAAGUAAAAGGAAAGAAAUACAGCAAUAAAGAGUAAAAUUAGUGAAAUUCUAAAAAUUAAGUAGAAAUACUCAACAGAAAAAUCUGUCUUCAAAAAGACAAAGAAUAAUGAAAAACACUCAUUAGAUUGAUCAAGAGAAUACCCAAAUAUUCAGAAUGAAAGGGGGACAUAUUUUCUGAUACAAGAAGUAGAGAUUGUAGCUUUCCAGUAGUGGAGUAGAUGGUUUGGACCAACCCUCCAACUGAGAAUAAUUAGAAAAGCUAGAGAAAAACAUAAAUAUCUAAUGUAAGAUAUAAAAAGUUAUGUUUGAAAGGAUUAGAGAAUUGAGGCAAUGAGGAAAUUGCAGGGCCAAGAUCUGCAAAUGGAGGGUAGCCAGAGAUGUGAACCCACCGUUUUAGCCAACUGAAUCUAGCAAUAUGGUAGAAAUGAAAGAUUGAUUUAACAUUAGAAAAUAAAUUAAUGUAAAUCACUACAUUAACAUAUUAAAAAGAAAACUAUAGGAUAAUUUCAAUAAGUGUUAGAAAAUGUUUUAUAUACUUUAAUGUAUAUUAAUGGAAAAAAACACUCAGCAGAUUUUAAGUAGAAGAGAAUUAAUUUCUUUAAUCCAAUAAUAGGAAUCUACCAAAACAAAUAAACCCUACAGCAAACAUUGUGCUUAAUGAUGAAAUGGUGAAUGUAUUCUUGAAGAUAAGGAACAAGAUAAGAGUGCACGCUAUAUUAACAUUUCUAUUCAACAUUGUACUGAAAGUCCUAGCCAGUGCAACAAGGAAAAGAAGUAUUAAAAAGAACAAAGCAGGAACUUCCCUGGUGGCACCGUGGUUAAGAAUCUGCCUGCCAAUGCAGGGGACAUGAGUUCGAGCCCUGGUCCGGGAAGAUUCCACAUGCCGCAGAGCAACUAAGCCCGUGCACCACAAGUACUGAGCCUGUGCUCUAGAGCCCAUAAGCCACAACUACUGAGCCCGCAUGCCACAACUACUGAAGCCCAUGUGCCUAGAGCCUAUGCUUUACAACAAGAGAAGCCACUGCAAUGAGGAGCCCACGCACCACAACGAAGAGUAGUCCGCACUUAACACAGCUAGAGAAAAGCCCGUGCGCAGCAACAAAGACCCAACGCAGCCAAAAAUAAAUAAAUUUAUCUUAAAACAAAGAACAAAGCAACUGUUUAUAGAUAUGAUUAUUGACAAAGAAAACCUAAAAUAACCUAUGAUAAAUUAUUAAAUAAAAUAGCAAGAUUGAUGAUAAAUAAUAUUUUAAAAAUCAGUUACUCUUCUGUGUACCAGCAACAAAUGAAACAAUUUUAAAAAGAACAUUUACAAAAGCAUCAAAAAAACCUCAAGUACCCAGGAAUAGAUAUAACAAAAGAUAGGCAUGAUGCAUAUGGAGAAAAUCUCUGUUGUAAAUGGAGAUAUGACAUGUUCAAGGAUUGGAAGACUCCAUAUUGUCAAGAUGUCAAUUCUAUGCAAACUUUUCUUUAGAUUUAUUACAAUCUCAAUUAAAACCCACAGGUGGAUCUGUGUGUGGGGGGGGGUGUGUGUACAUAACUUCCUAAGUCAAUUCUAAAUGUAUAAGGAUGUUCAAAGUUCCAAGGAUUGUUACAAUACUCUUGCUAAGAAAAUCUUGAAUAUGUGGGAAACUAUGCAUAUUACUGAUGGGAUGAUUCAAUACUGUAUGAUAUAAAUUCUACCAAAUUAAUUUGUAAAGAUACUGCAUCCCAAUAAAAAUACCAACAAGAUUUUUUAGUAGUACCUGAUAAUGCUAUAUCUAAAAUUCAUUUGAAAGAGAAAGUAUGACAUUAGCACCCCAAAAAAUGUUUAUUAGGGCAAUGAGGGGCUUGCUUUGCCACUUGUCAAACCUUUUAGAAAUUAAAAUACUGUGGUGGUAUUGGAUAGACUAGAAUAUAGAGUCCCCAAAAAAAACUUGUGUAUGAUAAAGACAGCAUUUAGAAAAGUAUAGGCUUUGAUGCUGGGACAAAUGACAUCCAUUUUAAAAAGUUACAAAUCAUGCCAUGUACAAAAAUAGAUUGUAAUCUAUUGUAAUAGAUUUUUUGGUAUUAAAACCAAAAAAAUGGGACUUCCCUGGUGGUAGAGUGGUUAGCAAUCUGCCUGCCAAUGCAGGGGACACGAGUUCAAGCCCUGGUCCAGGAAGAUCCCACGUGCCGUGGAGCAGCUAAGCCCGUGAGCCACAACUACUGAGCCUGCGCUCUAGAGCCUGCGAGCCACAACUGCUGAGCUCGCAAGCCACACCUACUGAAGCCCGCGUGCCUAGAGCCUGUGCUCUGCAACAAGAGAAGCCACCGCAAUGAGAAGCCUUGCGCACCGCAAUGAAGAGUAGCCCCCGCUCACCGCAGCUAGAGAAGGCCCGCGCACAGCAACAAAGACCCAACACAGCCAAAAAUAAAUAAAAUAAAAUAAAUUAAUUAAAAAGAAAGACUAUCAGUUUUAUAGGUCUCUCUUUUUUUUAAUAGGUCUCUUAUGUACAGUGUUUAAGACUCUCCCAGAAUCAUUGAUUCAUUACUUUUAUGCACAAAAUUUCAUUUCAUGACUCUUCUGACCAACAAAAAGAAAUGAUUAUUUAUACAUCCUCUAAAAUUACAUAUAUUAAUUUGAAUACUUUUACUCAUCAUGGUCAACUAGCACAAAAAUCCUACAAAAAUCCUUCACAUAUUAGUAAACUUUUGAAAUCCAGAUGCCUCACAAAAGGGUUUAUGCAGACACCCUUUAAAGGAUAAUUUCAUGAUUACUACAUAUGGAAAAAAUUUCAAUUUAGUAGAAUUUUUCCCUCCCCACUUUAUCUAAAAAGUUUGUUCUGAAUAGAAAAAUUUGGCCAUUUAAAAUUCCAUCUUAUGCACUUUCAUCUUAAAGUGUAAAAAUACCAUUUGUUA